CAUGCGGCAAAUGUUGUCGGGUCUGGGAGUCGAACCCGUGACGGCCGCGUCGAGGACUCAAGGCCUCCAAAUACGGGUCGCGCUAACCACUACGCAACCACAGCACGCCCCGGAAAUCCAUUGUUUAACUGACUGUUAUUCUUUUGCGGUUACAGAUGUGAAGCAGUUUUUUUACAUCUCAACUCAGAAAAACUGGAGUUCUGCUCAAACGUACUGCAGGAAAAACUACGUUGACUUGGUAGUGAUCGAGAACCAGGAGGAAAACAACAAAGCUCAACGAAUGAUACCGAACAAGGACGUAAGUUGGAUCGGUCUGUACCGAAUGCCGUGGACUUGGUCCGACGGGAACCACGGCUUGUUCCGGCGCUGGACCUCUUCCUCCCCAUCAAACACCGGCGGUUCUCGGCACUGCGUCACUGAGAAUAAUUUACAUAAUUGGAAUGAUGAAAACUGCAAUACUCCUCAUGUUUUCAUCUGCUAUCAAGUGGUAAAGAAGGCCGCCCUGGUGAAGGUGACGACUGUGACCGACGCCGACCUGACCGAUCCAGACAUCAGCGCCCAGCUCCUCCAGCAGCUGGGCGCCGUACUGACAAGUCAGGGAUGGACUGAUUUCAAAGUACGAUGGAAGAAUAUAGCAAAGAAGAAGGACAAUAAUGAAAACACAGUAUAAUUAAUGUUCUCUGCAUAUUUACACUCUGUACAGAAUGUGAACCACUGUUGGUGAUAAUAAAUCUUCUAUAGAACCAAAUAUAACUGUCCUCUAGAACCUCAUGAGCUGUAAUUUUAAUGUCAGCCAUGCAGAGAUGACAUGAUCUUAAAUAUGAAAGCCAGAAGGAAACUUAUAUGCAAAAACUCUACACGUUUUUACGCUUCCAUUCGGGUUUUAACUACUUCUAAAACAGCCCAAUGCUUAAAAAUCCUCCUUUGGGGAUCAAUAAAUUGUUUUUGAAUUGAAUUGGAAGACGCCACAUGUUUCUAGGCAAUAAUAAUGUUUUUUGUUGUCUGGAAAAUGAGUUUCAAAAACCUCCCUGAGGUACAAUCAAUGUAGCAACGCCAGCAAGACGGUUACCUAGCAACCCAAGCUGAGCUCCAGCACGUUUAGUCAGCUGGGUUGUAUGACUGCAUAUGUGAUGCAGCCAUUUUUAAAGGCUGAGUUGGGGGCGUGGCCAACAGCACCUUAUUUGAAUUUAAAGUGACAAGACGCCUAAAAACUGUUAGGGCCAUUGCAGACAGAAAAAAAACUUGGAAACUUAUGAAUUUGGAAACUUAGAAAUUUCUAAGUUUUUUCAUAGAAUAUUUCUGAGAUUCAUCUCAAAAUUUCUGAGUUUGUGUUUUGCAAAAUUUUGUCUUUCCAAACUUGGAAACUUCACAUUUUUCUUCUAGAAAUUUUUUUACUAUUUUUCUUAAAAAUGUUGAAAUGUACUCCUUUUUUUCUGUCUACAAAGACAGAAAAAAAGGACUGCCAUACUGAAUGAGCUUCAUGAACGUCUUUUUCAACUUUUGGUAUAAGUUACUCAUCUGAAAUCUGCUUUUUUAUUAGUGUACGAAUCAUCUUUCAUACUUUGAAUUUCCUUUAGUUAUAAUAAUAUCUUAUUCCAGGAUACAUUAGAAAAAAAUCUUCUGAUAUUGUUUACAAUGUUUCCCACAAUGUCAUAAUUCCUUUGUAUAUUUUUGUCCCGUCUUUACUUCCAUAGGUGUGAUUUAUUAAUUUUAUUCCUUUAUUGCCCAUAUUGUACUUUAAUUGGGUUUUGAUAUCUGUGGUUUCCUGAUUUGUAAUAGUUGGUGUGCUGCUGUUCUUAGUCAGGUCUCUCUUGAAAAUAGAUUUUUAAUCUCAAUGCGAUAUAA